AUGGCCUUAGUCUUGUGUGCGUGUGUGGCGCUCACAUCAGCACAAUUUGGACAUUUCGGCAUUCACUUUUCGGACUUCGGUGCUAGCUUCGGAGCACCGAGCUUUCCCGGAUAUUCGGGCUUUUCCGGAUAUUCAGGUUUAUCAGCAGCUGCUGGCAGAGAUCCUAGGGCGAACACCGGUCCAGUUCUGUUCCCUCCAUCUCCCAGCGGUGAUCCUGGCCAGUCAAGUGGUGUCGUCGUGGGUGCUUCAGGCUACGGCUUCGUACCCCCCGGCUCGCAAGGUAAAGCCUACGGCCGAUGA